AUGAUCAAAGGAAGCAUACCUCAAGAACUUGGUCGUUUAAGUCAACUUAGACUUUUGCGUCUCAACGACAAUAAUCUGACAGGAAAGAUUCCACCUUUAUUAGGUAACUUAUCAAAUCUGGAAUAUUUUUAUCUGCAUGAAAAUGAUUUGGAAGGUGAAAUACCUGAUGAAAUUGGUGAUCUUACCAAUUUGAGGCUCCUUUCCUUUCGUGGCAAUGACUUCACUGGAUCGAUACCUGCUUCAAUUUUCAAUAUUUCAAGAUUACAAAUUGUGGAUCUCUCGAUAAAUGCCUUAUCAGGGGAACUUCCAAGUGAUUUGGGUAAUUAUCUUCCUAUCCUUGAACAUCUUUUUCUGGACAGCAACAGGAUCACGGGGAAAAUCCCGGUUUCUUUAUCAAAUGCAUCAAAGAUUACUCAUCUCUUCUUCACUGUAAAUGAUGUGCAUGGAAAUAUUCCAAAUGAGUUUGGUAAGUUGCAUGAACUAGUCUGGUUUGAAUUUGAAUAUAAUCGAAUUUCUGGUACCAUUCCAUCCAGCUUAUUCAAUAUUUCGUCUCUUGAAAUCCUCAAAGCCAGGCAUAAUUACUUAAAUGGGCAUCUUCCGUAUGAUCUUGGUACUUGGCUACCUAACUUGCAGGAGAUUUUCCUUUCACACAACCAAUUCAGUGGAGAUCUACCCGCUGCAAUAUGCAAUGCUUCAAAGCUUGAAAAUCUUGAAGUUGCAAACAAUAGUUUUACCGGACCGAUUCCCAUGAUGUUAGGUAACCUGGUGGACCUUAUAGCUCUAAAUCUGCAAAAUAAUCUGUUGGAAAACAAUCCUGGAGCCACACAACUUGACUUCUUGAAUUCAUUGGUAACCAGCAGGAAUCUGGUGUACCUGAUUCUUGCAUCUAAUCCUUUGAAUGGAAUUUUUACGGAAUCAAUAGGAAAUUUAUCAAGCAAUAUCAGGGUCCUUGAUGCAUUGGACUGUGGAAUUAGAGGCAGUAUGCCAACAAACAUUGGAAACUUAAGUGGCUUGAUUUUCCUGGGAUUAGCAAGUAAUAACAUUGUCGGUAAUGUGCCCCCCUCGUUUGUUGGCCUGCAAAACCUGGAAAGGCUGUAUCUUAGUAGAAAUAAAUUAGAAGGGACAUUUCCAGCUGAACUGUGCAGCAUAGGAAGAUUAGGUCUACUGCAUUUGGGAGAAAACAGACUGUCAGGAGAAGUACCCUCGUGUAUCGGAAAUCUGACUGAAUUAAGAGUAAUGUCAAUUGCUGCCAACAAUUUCAGCUCAAAGUUACCUUCAAGUUUCUGGAGAUUAGUAAAGCUUGAUAGUCUGAACUUAUCGAGAAACCUGCUGCAUGGUUUCUUCCCUUCUGAUGUGGGAACUCUGAAAGCAAUGAGGAUCAUGGACCUCUCUUUCAAUAGGUUUUUUGGUGAAAUACCCAAUUCCAUAGGGUCUCUUCAAUAUCUAGUUUCACUAGAUAUGUCAAGAAAUGCAUUACAAGGUCCCAUACCAGACACAUUUAGCAAUCUAAUAGUUCUUGAGGCUCUGGAUUUGUCUACUAAUGCUCUAUCAGGUGUGAUUCCCAAAUCUCUUGAGCUAUUGCGAGAUCUCAAGUAUCUCAAUGUUUCUUUCAACAACUUGCAAGGAGAAGUUCCAAAGAAAGGGGUAUUUGCAAAUGUUAAUUACCGGUUCUUGAUGGGAAAUCCAAGACUUUGUGGAGCACCUGACUUAUAUAUUCCUAUAUGUCCAGCUCAAGGUAGAAAGACAACAAGGAAAAAGUCCAUUAUUCUUAGAACAGCAGUACCUGUUGCUGUAACAUUUCUGAUAUUGGUCGCGUUGUUUUUCACAUGGAUGAUUUGGUCAAGAAAAAAACAUGUGAUUGGAAACAAUGAAUCGGAUUACCCUCCUAGAAUUGCACAUCAGAAAAUCACUUAUUAUGAGCUUCUCCAAGCUACAGAAAAUUUCAGUCGGUCCAAGCUAAUAGGAAUUGGAAGUUCCGGUACAGUCUACCAAGGUACAUUUUCUGGUGGUGCUGUCUUUGCAAUCAAAGUUUUUGAUAUGCAAUGGCAACGGGGUUUAAGAAAUUUUGAUUCAGAAUGUGAAAUUUUGAGCAAUGUAAGACACAGAAACUUGGUCAAGAUAGUGUCGACUUGUUCAAAUUUGGAUUUCACAGCAAUUGUGCUGGAGUACAUGCCUAAUGGAAGCUUAGACAAAAGAUUAUACUCUGAUGAAAAUUGCUUGAGCCUGGUUGAAAGACUCAAUAUAAUGAUCGAUGUAGCACUAGCCAUGGAGUAUCUUCAUCAUGAUUAUACAGUGCCCAUUGUGCACUGUGAUCUGAAGCCAGGUAACGUGCUUCUUGAUCAGGAUCUGACUGCUCAUGUUGCAGAUUUUGGAAUUGCAAAAAUGUUGGCACAAGAAGGAAACAUGGCUCAAACCAAGACUCUCGGAACUAUUGCUCCAGAAUAUGGUUUAGACGGGAAAAUUUCCACUAGCAGUGAUGUUUAUAGCUUUGGGAUUUUGUUGCUUGAGACAUUCACAAGAAAGAAGCCUACAAAUGACUUGUUUAGCGGAGACUUAAGCUUGCAUAAAUGGACAUCUCUCUCCACUGGACAUUCUGGAUGCUGA